AUUCUCUGGUCUGUCCGGGACAGACUGGCGGGCGGGCGGGCGCAGACGCCGCCGGGCCGGAGCGGGCCGUGCGGGAGCGCGCGGAGGGAACAGCGGCACCGUCGGGUCCCCGUCGGGGCUCCGCGGGUCCCCGACCCGCCCCCGGCCUGGCUAUGGCGGGCGCCAGGCCCGGCGUCCACGCGCUGCAGCUGGAGCCGCCCACCGUCGUGGAGACCCUGCGGCGCGGGAGUAAGUUCAUCAAAUGGGACGAGGAGGCCUCCAGUCGGAACCUGGUAACCCUGCGUGUGGACUCCAAUGGCUUCUUCCUGUACUGGACGGGACCCAACAUGGAGGUGGACACACUGGACAUCAGUUCCAUCAGGGACACCAGGACUGGCCGUUACGCCCGCCUGCCCAAGGACCCCAAGAUCCGGGAGGUGUUAGGCUUUGGGGUCCCUGAUGCCCGGUUGGAGGAGAAGCUGAUGACAGUGGUGGCCGGGCCAGACCCGGUGAAUACAACAUUCUUGAACUUCAUGGCCGUGCAGGAUGAUACAGCAAAGGUCUGGUCCGAGGAGCUCUUCAAGUUGGCUAUGAACAUCCUGGCUCAGAACGCCUCCCGGAACACCUUCUUGCGCAAAGCAUACACGAAGCUGAAGCUGCAGGUGAACCAGGAUGGACGGAUUCCAGUCAAGAACAUCCUGAAGAUGUUCUCAGCAGACAAGAAACGGGUAGAAACUGCGCUGGAAUCCUGUGGCCUCAAUUUCAACCGAAGUGAGUCCAUCCGGCCUGACGAGUUUUCCUUGGAAAUUUUCGAGCGGUUCCUGAACAAGCUGUGUUUGCGGCCGGACAUUGACAAGAUCCUGCUGGAGAUAGGUGCCAAGGGCAAACCUUACCUGACGCUGGAGCAGCUCAUGGAUUUCAUCAACCAGAAGCAACGGGACCCGCGGCUCAAUGAAGUGCUGUACCCACCUCUGCGGCCCUCCCAGGCCCGGCUGCUCAUCGAGAAGUAUGAGCCCAACAAGCAGUUCCUGGAGCGAGACCAGAUGUCCAUGGAGGGCUUCAGCCGCUACCUGGGAGGUGAGGAGAACGGCAUUCUGCCACUUGAGGCCUUGGAUCUGAGUGCAGACAUGACCCAGCCGCUCAGCGCCUACUUCAUCAAUUCCUCGCAUAACACCUAUCUCACCGCGGGGCAGCUGGCCGGAACCUCGUCGGUGGAGAUGUACCGGCAGGCGCUGUUGUGGGGCUGCCGCUGCGUGGAGCUGGACGUGUGGAAGGGGCGGCCGCCCGAGGAGGAGCCGUUCAUCACCCACGGCUUCACCAUGACCACGGAGGUGCCGCUGAGAGAUGUGCUCGAGGCCAUCGCGGAGACCGCCUUCAAGACCUCUCCCUACCCUGUCAUCCUCUCCUUUGAGAACCACGUGGACUCGGCGAAACAGCAGGCUAAGAUGGCCGAGUACUGCCGCUCCAUCUUUGGGGACGCGCUGCUCAUCGACCCCCUGGACAAGUACCCGCUGGCCCCGGGCGUCCCCCUGCCCAGCCCCGAGGACCUGAUGGGCCGCAUCCUGGUGAAGAACAAGAAGCGGCACCGACUGGGCAGCGGCGUCCCCGACAGCUCCGUGCGCAAGCGGCCACUGGAGCAGAGCAACUCGGCCCUGAGCGAGAGCUCCGCCACCACCGAGCCCUCCUCGCCCCAGCUCGGGUCCCCCAGCUCUGACAGCUGCCCAGGCCUGAGCAACGGGGAGGAGGUGGGCCUCGAGAAGCCCAGCCUGGAGCCUCGGAAGUCUCUGGGGGAGGAGGGUUUGCAGCGGGGCCCUGAUGCUCUUGGACCUGCCUACCGGGAGGAUGAGGAAGAGGACGAGGAAGAGGAGGAACAGACGGACCCCAAAAAGCCGACCACGGAUGAGGGCACUGCCAGCAGUGAAGUCAAUGCCACUGAGGAAAUGUCCACACUCGUCAACUACAUCGAGCCUGUCAAAUUCAAGUCCUUCGAGGCUGCUCGAAAGAGGAACAAGUGCUUUGAGAUGUCAUCCUUCGUGGAGACCAAGGCCAUGGAGCAACUGACAAAGAGCCCUAUGGAGUUUGUGGAAUACAACAAGCAGCAGCUCAGCCGCAUCUACCCCAAGGGCACGCGCGUGGACUCGUCCAACUACAUGCCCCAGCUCUUCUGGAACGUGGGCUGCCAGCUCGUUGCACUCAACUUCCAGACCCUGGAUGUGCCGAUGCAGCUCAAUGCAGGUGUGUUCGAGUACAAUGGGCGCAGUGGCUACCUACUCAAGCCUGAGUUCAUGCGGCGGCCAGACAAGUCCUUUGACCCCUUCACCGAAGCCAUCGUGGACGGCAUCGUGGCCAAUGCCGUGCGGGUCAAGGUGAUCUCGGGGCAGUUCCUGUCCGACAGGAAGGUGGGCAUCUACGUGGAGGUGGACAUGUUCGGGCUCCCCGUUGACACGCGGCGCAAGUACCGCACGCGGACCUCACAGGGGAACUCGUUCAACCCCGUGUGGGAUGAGGAGCCCUUCGACUUCCCCAAGGUGGUGCUGCCCACGCUGGCUUCGCUGCGCAUCGCGGCCUUUGAGGAGGGGGGCAAGUUCGUGGGGCACCGGAUCCUACCUGUCUCCGCCAUCCGCUCAGGGUACCACUACAUCUGCCUGCGGAACGAGGCCAACCAGCCGCUGUGCCUGCCAGCCCUGCUCAUCUACACCGAGGCCUCCGACUACAUCCCCGACGACCACCAGGACUAUGCAGAGGCCCUGAUCAACCCUAUCAAGCAUGUCAGCCUGAUGGACCAGAGGGCCAAGCAGCUGGCCGCCCUCAUUGGGGAGAGCGAGGCUCAGGCUGGCCCGGAGACAAGCCAGGAGACCCAGUCUCAGCAGCUGGGGUACCAACUGAACCCAAACCCCACGCCCAGCCCACUGGACGCCUCCCCGCGCCGGCCCCCAGGCCCAGCCACCUCCCCCACCAGCUCCUCCAUCAGCUCCUCCAUUAGCAGCCCAGGUCAGCGUGAUGAUCUGAUCGCCAGCAUCCUCUCAGAGGUGGCCCCAGCCCCGCUGGACGAGCUCCGAGGCCACAAGGCCCUGGUGAAGCUCCGGAGCCGGCAAGAGCGAGACUUCCGGGAGCUGUACAAGAAACAUCAGCGGAAGGCCGUUGCCCUCACGCGCCGGUUGCUCGACAACCUGGCCCAAGCCCGCGCGGGGAGCAGGUGCCGACAGCGGCCCAGUGUCCUAAGCGGGGAGGAUGAGAGGGCAGAAGAGGAAGAGGUGAGCAGGUAUCAAGAGUUCCAGAAGAAACAGGUGCAGUGUCUGCUGGAGCUGAGGGAGGCCCAGGUGGACACAGAAGCGGAGCGGAGGCUGGAGCACCUGCAGCAGGCUCAGCUGAAGCUCAGGGAGGUUGUCCUGGACGCUCACAUGACUCAGUUGAAGAAACUGAAGGAGAUAAAUGAGAGGGAGAAGAAGGAACUGCAGAAGAUCCUGGACAGGAAACGCCACAACAGUAUCUCAGAGGCCAAGACCAGGGAGAAACAUAAGAAGGAGGCGGAACUGACAGAGAUUAACCGUCGGCACAUCACAGAGUCGGUCAACUCCAUCCGUCGGCUGGAGGAGGCCCAGAAGCAGCGGCAAGAACGCCUUGUGGCCGGGCAGCAGCAGAUCCUCCAACAGCUGUCGGAAGAGGAGCCCAAGCUGCUGGCCCAGCUGGCCCAGGAGUGUCAGGAGCAGCGGGAGAGGCUGCCCCAGGAGAUCCGCUGGAGCCUGCUGGGCGAGACACAGGAGGGACUGGGGGACGGGCAUCUGGUCGCCUGUGCCAGCAACGGUCACGCGCCUGGGAGCAGCGGGCACCUGCCUGGCGCUGACUCAGAGAGCCAGGAGGAGACUACAAAGCUCUGAACUGGCUGAGCAAGAGGUGGCCACCAGGCCAGGGUGGGCGCUGGGAGGAGGGCAGGAGGCUAAGACACUAAAUGCUCUUUUUUUUUUUUUUUUUAACUUUUUAUCUUUAGAAAUUUUAUUUUUUUAAACCAGGGCGAGCACUCCACACUAACUCCCUCCUUUUACCCCCCUGGAGCCCCAUUAGUCCCCAGCCCCUCCUUCCUGCCCUCAGUCCUAGGGAAGGUGCUGGGUGGGUCACUGUGGGCCAGAAGGGCCUCACCCCCAUGACACCCACACCCUAGAGUGGGAGUUGUCUCCCUCACUUCCCCAGGGAACAGUGGGUGGAGCCUUCGAGCUCCGGGAAGUCACAUUCUUUCUCUUUCCUUUGGGUAUUUUUUUUUUAUGUGAAUAAACGUGGAUUUCAGGGA